UUUUUUAUCAUUUGCACUCUGACAUCAAGACACUGGAGCAGCCAUGGGCUGCUUCUGUGCAGUGCCUGAGGAAUUUUAUUGUGAAGUUCUACUUCUGGAUGAAUCCAAAUUAACCUUAACCACACAGCACCAAGGGAUAAAGAAAUCAACGAAAGGGUCGGUUGUCCUGGGCUACGUAUUUCGGCAUUUAAACCUCAUUGAGAUAGAUUAUUUUGGACUGCGGUACUGUGACAGAAGUCACCAGACGUUCUGGCUGGAUCCUACAAAGACUAUUGCAGAGCAUAAGGAACUCAUAAAUACUGGUCCACCUUACACAUUGUAUUUUGGUGUUAAAUACUAUGCAGAAGAUCCAUGCAGACUAAAAGAAGAAAUCACCAGGUAUCAGUUCUUUUUGCAGAUAAAGCAGGAUGUCUUACAAGGGCGUUUGCCUUGUCCUGUCAACAUUGCUGCUCAGUUGGGAGCUUAUGCAAUACAGGCUGAACUUGGAGACUAUGAUCCAUGCAAGCACACUGCAGGUUAUGUUUCGGAGUACCGUUUUGUUCCUGACCAGAAAGAAGAAUUAGAAGAUACCAUAGAACAAAUACACAAAACUCUGAUGUAA